UCAAACAGCAUAUAACCUCAAAAAAGUAUUUGCUCCCGCCAAGCGCCAACCAGAAUCUAUUCAUAUUCAACAAAAAUCAACUACACUUUUUGCAAUUUUUCAAUUCAAUGUCAAUGUCAUCGUCAAGUUGAACAAUAAUUAGUAAUUGGAUUUAUAAAAUGCCUAGACUGCAAAUUGACAGCGUGAUAAAUGUGUCAAGCGAGGAUCCCGCUUAUCCUGCCAAAAACCUAUUAUCCUCUGCUAUUGGUAACGAUGUCAAGAAGUGGAUAACUCAGAGAAAUGGUGAGAAACAAGCUCAUAUAGUAUUUAAGCUUAAGGAGAAAGCACAGAUCACAAAUAUAACCAUUGGAAAUCAAAAUUCAUCGUUUAUUGAGGUUUUGGUUGGAGAUGACAACAUAACCGAGAAAGAAUAUCAGGUGUUGCUCCCUGCAACUGAGAUUCUGACCUUACGUGAAGCCAGAGGUGGGGCCAACAAGACUGGCGUACAUUUUUUCAUCAAAGAUGAUUUGAACAAAGAGGCAGUAGAGAAGAAAUGGAGUCGAGUGAAGGUUGUCUGCUCACAGCCCUAUGAUCCACAUUGUCGGUAUGGCUUGACUUGUUUUGUCCUCAAAUCAAUUGGUGAGAGUGAUGAAACCGAGAAAUCUCCCAAACGUGGUGAUACAUCUGAUCCAGUCGAGGACAAAAGCGCUCUAUCAGAUGAUACGAAAGAUGAUAUAAAUUCUUGGAAACAAGACAUGCUGAAGCGUCUAGAUGCAAGCACAUCACAACCUUCUACCUCAACUCUGCCAUUCAACAGAAUCAGACUGAACAAGCAGCCAACUGCUGACAACUCGAAAAACGACCGUCAAAAAAGUCCAAGAAAACCUUCGACAGAUGAAGCAGAAACAAAACAGAAAGACAAAGUAACACCUAGGAAACAGUCGUCAGAUGAGAAAGGAGCUAAACGAAAAGAGACAACAACACAGCAACGUAAUCGGGAUCCUCCAGCGGAACCAGUACGGCCCACAGUUGAUUUCAACAAAAUUUUACAUGAUGUGAGAUUCUCGCUGAGUGGAUAUGAAAACCCACUGCGAAGCGAGAUCAGGAAUAAGGGAUUGGAAAUGGGUGCCAAGUAUUCUAACGACUGGGAUACGAGGUGUACUCAUCUUAUAUGCGCGUUCAUAAAUACACCAAAGUUCAAUAAAGUGAAAGGUCAUGGGAAAAUUGUUACACGGGACUGGAUUGAACAGUGUCAUUCUAAAAGAAGGAGAUUGCCUUGGAGGAAAUUUGCUCUCGAUAACAGAGAUCGACAACAACCGAUAAGCGAAGAAGACGAGGAAGAAGAUGAUAAAGAUAAGAAGAAACAAACCAAAGGUGACAGAAGAAAGAGGCUGCCUUCAGAAAGUUCGUCGGAUACUGAAGAUGAAAUUCAAAGAGUUGAAGCAAGAAAGCAAAGACUGGCAGCUAAGAAUGGUGUGACGAAUGGCGCCGGCCCCGGUGUCGCUCCGAGAAGGAAGCAGACGGCUACAAAAACACGUGAUCAGUUGUACGAUGCCGACACUGACGUCAGCGAGGAUGAAGAAGAUGAGUUCGGUGGCGAUAAUUCAGACGCCGACCCCGAUUUCAAGCUGGGAAGCCAAGAAGAGCGCAGCGAAAAAGAUGAGAGCAUGAUUGUAGUUGAUGAUGAUGAUGAUGAUGAUGAUGAUGAUGAUGAUGAUGAUGAUGAUGAGGAUGAUGUGGGAGACUCAGAAACUCAACUGGACACAGACAGUGAGAACGACGAGCCAAAGAAGAAGAAGAAGAAAAAGCGAGUGCGACAAGUGCGAGUGCGAGUGAGAAACCAAGUGAACGUGAAGAGAGAACCUAAGAAAGGCAAUGCACAUGAUUUGUCUCUGGUGUCGCGAGUUGCUGAUGUUCUUGUUUCUAGCGAUGAAGACACAAAUCGUCCGGACACAAUAAACCUAGAUCUGCCUGCUCUGCCUGAUAUAUCUCCUCAUACCUAUUACAUAGCUGACGAUGAAAAAGGAGUUUCCAGAGAGUAUCUUGUAAGAUACAUCACUGCAUUUGAUGGAACGAUUCUCGAGCAACUCAGUAAUCGGGUUGAUUAUGCAAUAACGGACAGCAAAACAAUAGCUGAAAAGAUAAUUGAGAAUCAUCCGACUGUAGUGACAGUGAAAUCAGAAUGGAUCUGGGACAGUUAUGAAGCGGACAAGCUACUCCCCACAGAAAACUACCACUUAUCAUGAAAACAUUCCAUCUCCCGCCAUCAUUCAUCGACUAGAAUAUUAAAUUGUAAUUACCAUCUUUUGCAUAUUUACCGACUCUUGCUUGACAUUAGUUCAGAUAAGUUCAAGGAAUAUUCAUGUAAUGAAUUAUUUUGUAACUGUUACCACCAAUAUAAACUUCAAUAGGACUUGUUGCAAACUGUAUUAAUUGUCAUUGGAUGGAACGUUUUUAGCAUUUAACAUUUUUAUAACACUGUUAUUCACUAUGAAAUAAAUAAAACCUCUUGUAAACAGUUU